UAUCUAUGCUAGUCAGUUCAAUGGGCAUGUCUGGCGCCUAGAUGUCAAGUCAUGUCAUUCAUGUACACUGCGUAGUUCGCUAAUGUUUUAUUUUUGUCCUGAAACAUGACGGAAUUACUUAACAAGAUUAAAAACAGCGUUCCUCCAAAACAGAAAACGAGUUUGACUCAGAGCGACUUGCAGCAUUGGGGUUUAAAAGGGAUCCAGUUGAGGGCCUACCAGCUGGAUGGCGUCCAAUGGCUGACUCAGUGCCUGAAGAACCAACAGGGAUGCAUCCUUGGAGAUGAGAUGGGCUUGGGGAAAACUUGCCAAACUAUCUCACUACUCGUGUACAUGUCAGGGGCACUUGAUGUCAAAGGUCCAUUUUUGGUGCUUAGCCCGCUUUCUGUCAUGGAGAACUGGAGGAGUGAACUGGAGCGCUUUGCACCAACUUUGACUGUGUUGUGCUACAAGGGAGACAAAGACAGACGAGCUGAGAUUCAAGGGGACAUGUCGGAUUUCCAUGUUCUGCUCACUACAUAUGAGCUCUGCCUUAAAGACGCUUCCUUCCUGAGACGGUGGAAGUGGAAGGUUCUAGUUGUGGAUGAGGCUCACCGUCUCAAGAACCAGAACUCCCUGCUCCGCAAAACCCUGAUGGAGUUCUCAGUGGGUUUCCGGGUUCUGCUGACCGGCACGCCCAUCCAGAACAACCUACUAGAGCUCUACUCGCUGCUUAGUUUCAUCCAGCCGAAUGUCUUCUUGGCGGAUGGUGGUGACGGCUUUACCCGCUCUUACGCCGAUGUGCAGAGUCGACCGGCACUUGCUGCCGAUCUCCAGAGCGUCCUGGAGCCCUUUCUGCUCCGCCGGGUCAAGUCCGAGGUUGCUGUGGACCUGCCCAAGAAGACUGAAGUGGUGGUGUAUCACGGCAUGUCUGCACUGCAGAAAAAAUACUACAAAGCCCUCUUGAUGAAAGAUUUUGAGGCUUUUGGCAACGAACAAAGCAAUAAGACUCGUCUGCUCAAUAUUCUAAUUCAGCUGAGGAAGUGUGUUGAUCACCCGUAUCUUUUUGAUGGAGUGGAGCCAGAGCCGUUUGAGAUGGGGGAACAUUUGAUUGAAGCCAGUGGGAAACUCUGCCUCUUGGAUAGCAUGUUGGCUUACCUGCAACAAGGCGGCCAUCGAGUUCUGCUCUUCUCCCAGAUGACCAGAAUGCUAGACAUCCUUCAGGACUACAUGGAGUACAGAGGUUUCAGCUACGAGCGUCUGGACGGCUCGGUCCGCGGCGAAGAACGUAACCUGGCGGUGAAGAACUUCAGCAGCCAGGACAUUUUUGUCUUCCUGCUCAGCACCAAAGCAGGAGGGGUUGGGAUGAACCUGACAAGUGCGGACACAGUGAUUUUUAUGGAUAGCGACUUCAACCCACAGAAUGACCUGCAAGCGGCCGCGCGCUGCCACCGGAUUGGCCAGCACAGGCCAGUGAAGGUGGUCCGCCUGCUGGCUCGAGAUACUGUGGAGGAGAUCAUGUACUCUCGCGCCGUCUCCAAACUUGAACUCACCAACACGGUGAUUGAGGAGGGACGUUUCUCAUUGCUGGAGCGCGCUCAGUCCGCGGCGGCGGGACUACACCUCAGCGAAAUUCUGAAGUUCGGCGUGGACAAGCUGCUGUCUUCCGAAGAGAGUUCUAUCCAGGACGUGAAACUUGAAAAGAUCCUCGGCACCUCACAUGACGGUUGCUGGACAGUCGAUCGAGACGACGUUGACGAAGAACCAUCCUCCUUGCUAGAGGAGGAAGACGGCGACUCGGAAGCUGACAGGCAGAAUCACAUGUACUGCUUUGAGGGCAAAGACUACAGCAAGGAUCCCAGCUCAGAAGAUCAGAAAAGCUUCGAGCGCAUGUUGGAGGAACAAUUCGCCGAACUCCAGAAAACCGGCUUGGAAGGACGGAGUCUACGAAACAAAACUGACGCGUCGCCGGCAACAGCACUUAGUUUCCCGACUAGAAAGCGACGUCCUCUGACAGAGGAGGAGCUAGAACUUCGGCGCCGGAAGCGGCAAGAGGCAGCGGCCAAGCGGGCAAAAUACGAGGCGGAUGCUAAGAAGAAGCAAGAGGAGCACAAGUACAAGAAAAAGAUGGCGUGGUGGGCGUCAAGUGGCUACAGAUCUUGCUGUCUGAAGCGUGUGGACAGCGAAGAGGAUGAGGAAGAAGAGGAGGAAGAAGACGGUGGCAGUAUGAGCUCAACCGAGUCGGACAGCGGCGCCAUCAAUUAUGUCUUGGGAGAUGUGACGCAUCCUCACGCCGCACGUGGGGACGCCAUUAUCGUUCACUGUGUCGAUGACUCUGGCCGUUGGGGGAAGGGAGGUUUGUUCACGGCUCUGGAGGUGCGGUCGGAUGAACCCCGGCGGCAGUACGAGUUGGCGGGAGAGAUGGACGACUUGGACCUCGGAAGCGUGCUGUUUUUUCCCAUCCAUGACAAACAGUCCCGACUGGACGGGAACGAUCACCUGGCGCUCAUCGUCGCACAACAGCGAGACAGAGCCAACAAGUUGUCGGGAAUCUUUCUGACAGCGCUGGACGAAGGCCUGAGGAAGAUUUACACCGAAGCCAAACACAAGAAAGCCGGUGUGCACCUGCCCCGCAUCGGACACGCCACCAAGGGCUUCAACUGGUAUGGGACGGAGAGGCUGAUCCGGAAACAUUUGGCUUCCAGAGGCAUCCCCACCUUCAUAUACUAUCACGAUCGCGGUGCCAAAAACACGGUCGCCGCUGCGUCGGCUUCCUCCUCAGACUUGGGGUCUCGCGGCUCGAACGCCGCCCACCUAGAUGACCUGGAAGCAGCAGGCCCUUCUACGUCCGGCUCCCCCGAGCUGCCGUCUUUCAUGAGGGGCGUCCACGUCUUUUUCUACAACCUGACUGCUACUGACAGGAAGAAGUUGGCACGUUACCUCAUCACUUAUGACGGCGAUGAAGAAGAAGUGAUGAGCGGAGAGGUCACCCACAUUGUUGCCGAAGUGGAGCAUGAGGUCCACUCGCAGGAGCUGCGAGAACUGACGAACCGCUACGACAGGGUCCUGCCAGUACGCAAGGCAUGGCUGGAGGCCUGCUUUUCCCAACAGAGAAAAGUGGGCAGCGCACACUUUAAACAUGAGCUUGUGUAAUGUCUAUAUAUGUGUUUUAUCUCACAAUGAGCGCAAUGAAUUUAAUCACCAAUAAAUGACCUUUU